AUGAGUACAUUAAGUUCAUCGUUCUUAAAUCCAUCUUAUUCAUUUCGAUUUCAAUCAUUUGUAUCUGAUGUAAGUAUGAAUACAAAUUCAUCAAAUCAAUUUGAGUCGUCAGUUGAUAAAUCAAAUAAUACAAUUUUACCUGUCGAUACAAAUUUAUCAAUCAAACAAACUCGUCAAUCAACUGAAAGUAUAUCAACGCUAUCGACAAGUGAAAUUGAUUUAACUGAAGUUGAUGAUGGACAAAAAAUUAUUGGUUUUGAUCCACGUACUUUACCAACAACAGAUCGACAAAAUUCAUUUAAUUUGAAACAACAUCCAAAACAACGUAUGUCACUGAUUGAGUUUGAAAUAGAUGAUAAUGAAGAAAAUCGAAUGGAUGGUAAAUUAAUACCGGUUCAUAUACCAAAUACUGUACGUCCAUCACAAACAUCAGAAUUUAGUCAAGUGAAUAUUGGCGAACAAAUUGUUAAUCCAUUACCAUCAAAUCAAAUGAGUCCAUCUACUGCUGUUCGUUCAAUACUUGUCGAUUUACUUCAACAAUAUACUCCAAGUUCAUCUUCACUUCCAAAAACACAUAAACGAAAAAGAAUAGAAGGAAUAUAUGGUGAAGAAAUUACAUCAAGUGGUAGAUUAGAUGAAUUAAAACAAAAAAAAUUAAAACCAAAUCGUAAACGACGAACAUUUAGCACAACAGAACACAUUGGUAAUGGUUUAGAAACAACAACAACAACAACAGCAAAAAAACGUAAACUUUCUAAAAAACGAGUGAAACAAUUACUUCUUCACAAGUAA